AUGGAGUGGGACCGCGAGUGUCAGAAGGCCUUUGACACCAUCAAGGCCUACCUAAUUCAGCCGCCGAUAUUGGUACCACCCGUGCCGAACCGGCCCCUCAUUUUGUACCUCACAGUACGCCGACAGUCCUUAGGGUGCAUGCUGGGGCAAGAAGACGAGUCAACGCGCACAGAAAGGGCGAUAUACUACUUGAGCAAGAAGUUCACCGAAGUGGAAUCCAAUUAUCCAGAGAUCGAGAAGAUGUGUUGCGCGUUGGUAUGGGUCAUACAAAGGCUCCGACAGUACACACUCUAUUACACGAUCCGCUUAUUGUCAAAAGCGGACCCCUUGCGGUAUUUGCUCAAUAGCCCCUCCUCCAUAAGGAACAUCGCAAAAUGGCGCUGCCAGUUGACGGAAUACGACAUAGAGUACGUGCCUCGCACGUCUGUCAAGGGGCAAGCGAUUGCCGACCAUCUAGCAGAAUUCCCGAUUGACGACGACACGCCGAUUAACACGGACUUCCCGGAUGAAGGAAUCAUCCAGGUAGAUGAAGAGAAAGAGGAGCCAACGUGGAAGAUGUACUUUGACGGGGCUGUCAAUUCCGUAGGAUCCGGAGUUGGGGCAGUCUUGAUAUCCCCGGACGGGCGUCAUUAUCCCGUCGCAGCGAAAGUGGAUUUCUCCUGUACCAACAAUGUAGCCCAGUACGAGGCGUGCAUUCUCGGUUUGCAAGCGGCGAUUGAUUUCAAGACGAAAGACGCAAAGUUGGUCCCGUACCACGAAUACCUUGAGGAGUUGGCGAAAAAUUUCGAGAAGAUCUCGUUCACCUACACUCCACGCGCGAAGAAUCAGUUCGCAGACGCACUUGCGACACUUGCAUCCAUGGCGAGUAUUUCAGAGGGGAACAUUGUCGAACCUCUCGAAAUCGAGGUGGCCAAAGGCCCGGCCCACUGCAACGCGAUUGAAGCGUCCGAAGCGAAGCCGUGGUACGAGGACAUCAAGAACUUCUUGCAAACGGGCCAAUAUCCCCCGUUCGCCGAUCGCCACGAUCGAAAGACGCUCAGGCGCCUUGCGAUGCACUACUUUCUGAGCGGUGAGAUACUAUACCGCCGCUCCUUUGAUUCCACGCUCCUCCGAUGCAUCGACGAACACAAAUCGCGGCGUCUUAUGAAAGAAGUGCAUGGAGGAAAUUCAUGUGGGCAUGACGAGAAACGUUCGGAAUCUAGGAGGGAGAGACCCUAUGGGUCGGCUGCACCAAGGAAUGCUCAGGACUACCUUCCUUGCAAGGGGGCCGAGAGGUCCCUUGGUCCAUCCGAAGCUAUGGACCUCUCGUUCCAUGAUGUCGUGGGUUUCUCGUGA